AUGGCCGAUUCCGAAGAACGUCCACCCGAGGCUGUACAGCAACCGGAAGCACAUGCUGAGCCAGAUACCACGACGGCGGAUGAGACAGCAGUGGCAGAAGAGCCCCAGCCGCCACAAGAGGACACGGUCGAAGACGAAGCUGAACAGCCCGAGGGGGAACAACAGCCUGGCCCGGAAGACGGGGGAGACGAGGACGACGAUGCCACGGAGACAGACGCUCGCGAGGGCGCUGGUGCGGAAGGUGGAGGUGACAAUGCCACGCUAAGGGCUUCAGAACAGACUCCUUCGGUUGUAAUAGAGCAGUCGAGGUCGCGGUCUGACUCCCGGUCAACGGUUGCAACGCAGUCUGGCCAGCAGCGUUCAACACCUCUCAGCUCAGCUGUAUUCGUGAUCACGGCUUUGGAUACAAUUGCGGCCUCGAAGGAAGCCCGGAAGAGCAAGGAGCUGGAGGACGCAGUCAAGCUGGCUCAGGCCAACAUUAAACAAUCCGACCACCAUCCAAUAGAUCCAGAAUCGAUCUUUUUACCCUUACAAUUGGCGAGCAAGACCGACAGUAUCCCGCUGCAGGUCACUGCCCUAGACUGUAUCGGCAAGCUGAUAACCUAUUCUUACUUUGCCUUUCCCUCUGUUCCCGAUGGAAGCGAGUCUGCAGACCAACCUCCGCUGAUAGAACGCGCAAUCGAGACAAUAUGCGACUGCUUUGAGAACGAACAUACCGCUAUAGAGAUCCAGCAACAGAUUAUCAAGUCUCUCCUGGCUGCUGUGCUUAAUGACAAGAUUGUUGUCCAUGGUGCCGGCUUGCUGAAGGCGGUUCGACAAAUUUACAAUAUCUUCAUCUACUCCAAGUCUGCGCAGAACCAGCAGAUAGCACAGGGAUCGCUGACUCAAAUGAUUGGCACUGUCUAUGAUCGCGUACGCACCAGACUGGAUCUCAAGGAGGUCCGUAUACAGGAGACGGAGACUCGGGAAAAUCGCAAUGGCUCUACAGUUGACUCACCUCCUAACGCCGCGGAGGAUGGCGCCGUCACGGACGUUGAAGGACAAUCCGAUAUUGGAUCCUCAAAUGUUGUAGAUCAACCUGUCGCUAAGGAGCCGACGGAGAAACUGACUCUACAAAGUUUCGAGACCAACAAGGAUGAUACCAUGGUCAAUGAUAGCGCACCAACAAUGGUCACAAGAGCCAAGGUGGUAAGAAAGACAUCAAAAUCUGGCGAGGAACUGGAUCCGGCGGCCGAUGAAGAGGAUGAAAUAUAUAUCAAGGACGCCUUUUUGGUCUUCAGGGCUCUAUGCAAACUGAGCCAUAAAGUGCUCACCCAUGAGCAACAGCAAGAUUUGAAGGCGCAGAAUAUGAGGUCAAAGCUACUCUCUUUACACCUAAUGCAACACCUCCUAAACAACCAUAUCGCUGUUUUCACCUCUCCCAUUGCAACCAUCAGACACGGUUCAAACUCUGAUGAAAGCAUGACACUACUACAGGCCAUCAAGCCACAUCUUUGUCUUAGUUUGAGUAGGAAUGGCGCUAGCUCUGUUCCCCGCGUAUUUAAUGUCUGCUGCGAAAUAUUCUGGCUCAUGUUAAAGCAUAUGAGGGUGAUGUUGAAGCUGCAGAAGGAACUGGAGGUCUUCUUCAAGGAGAUAUACCUGGCUAUUCUUGAGAAGCGUAGCUCCCCUAUAUUCCAGAAACAGAGCUUCAUGCAUAUUUUAGAGCGUCUCUCUGGCGACCCAAGGGCACUGGUUGAGAUAUAUCUAAAUUAUGACUGUGACCGUACUGCAUUGGAGAAUUUGUUCCAAGGAAUCAUUGAACAGCUUUCUCGAAUGUCAAGUAUGCCUGUGUCAGUUACUGCGUCACAACAACAGCAGUAUGAACAACAACAUUCCAAAGCCCCAUCUACCCCUAAUGACUGGCAUAACCGUGGUACUCUUCCCCCUUCCCUCACCACUGCCAAAAUUGACCAAACUCCUCCGCCCACUAAUAACCAACAUUACCCCCCUGAAUACGCCAUGAAGCAGAAUGCGCUGGAAUGUCUAGUAGAGAUACUCCGCUCUCUCGAUAUAUGGUCCUCUCAGGAUAGCGAGCCUAAGUCCUUAGGCCGAGGACUGAUGUCGCGUAGCUCAGUUGACGUUUCCCGAGAUUCCAUGGAUACAAGCCAAGGAGGCCCUAUCAUUCCAUCACCUCGGGUUGACAACGCAGAUUCAGACACAGGCGCAUCAUCACCUGUUCCUGAAGAUGACCCCAAUGAAAUUGAAAAAGUCAAGCAACGCAAAAUCGCAUUGACAAAUGCAAUUCGGACCUUCAACUUCAAACCAAAACGCGGAAUGAAAAUCUUGCUAUCUGAAGGUUUCAUCCCAUCGAACUCCCCCACCGAUAUUGCACACUUUAUCUUUAGGAAUGACAGACUAGACAAGGCAACCCUUGGAGAAUAUUUAGGAGAAGGCGAUGCAGAAAAUAUUGCUGUCAUGCAUGCAUUCGUCGAUUGCAUGGAUUUCACUAAACGCCGGUUCCCAGACGCGCUUCGAGACUUCCUACAAAGCUUCAGAUUGCCUGGAGAAUCCCAGAAAAUCGAUAGAUUCAUGCUCAAGUUCGCACAGCGAUAUGUGACUCAAAAUCCCAACGCAUUCGCCUCGGCAGAUGCAGCUUACGUUCUCGCUUAUUCAGUUAUUCUACUUAAUACAGAUCUGCAUAGCACGAAGAUGAAGGGCCGCCGUAUGACAAAGGAUGACUUCAUUAAGAAUAAUAAGGGAAUUAACGAUAAUGCUGAUCUUCCAGUUGAAUAUCUCAGCGGCAUUUAUGACGAAAUUCUGAAUAAUGAGAUCGUUCUACGCACCGAACGUGAGACUGCUGCAAACCUGGGUCACUUGCCUGCUCCCCAACCAGGACUAGCUUCGAGAGCCGGUCAGGCACUGGCUACUGUUGGUAGGGACAUUCAGGGAGAAAAAUACGCACAGGCGUCAGAGGAAAUUUCCAGCAAGACUGAGCAAUUGUAUCGAAGUCUGAUUAGAGCACAGCGGAAGUCAGCUAUGAAGGAAGCACUGUCGCGUUUUAUCCCCGCUACUUCGGUACGACACGUUGGGUCCAUGUUCAAUGUGACAUGGAUGUCCUUCCUUUCUGGCCUUUCGGCUCAAGUGCAGGAUACACAAAAUCGGGAAACAAUUCGUCUGUGUAUGGAUGGAAUCAGAUUAGCUAUCCGUAUCUCGUGCAUGUUUGACCUCGAGACUCCAAGAGUCGCUUUCGUUACUGCGCUAGCCAAGUUCACCAACCUAGGAAACUUGCGCGAGAUGGCUGCGAAAAAUGUGGAGGCCCUUAAGGUUCUGCUAGAUGUUGCUAUAACCGAAGGUGAUCAUUUGCAGAGCUCCUGGAGAGAGAUCCUCACCUGCAUCAGCCAACUUGAUCGAUUCCAGCUUCUUACAGAUGGAGUGGAUGAAGGCUCAUUGCCUGAUGUUUCACGGGCAUCGCCAUCUACGGACUCACGUUCUCAAAAGUCCCUUCAAGUUCCAAAGAAGCCCCGACCACGUUCUGGUAACGGACUAGCAUCCUUCCGAAGAGAUGUUGCGAUUGAGAGCCGCUCGGCUGAAAUGGUCAGAGGUGUAGACAUGAUUUUCACCAAUACCGCCAACCUCAAACAAGAGGCUCUCGUCGACUUUGUGCGUGCACUUAACGCCGUUAGUUGGCAAGAGAUCCAGUCCUCUGGACAAAGCGAAUCCCCGCGAACCUAUAGUCUCCAGAAGCUAGUGGAGAUCAGUUACUACAAUAUGACGCGAGUUCGAAUUGAGUGGAGCAAAAUCUGGGAAGUUCUCGGUGAACAUUUCAACCAUGUUGGUUGCAAUGCUAACACGGCCGUUGUGUUCUUUGCAUUGGAUUCGCUCCGGCAACUUUCAAUGAGAUUCAUGGAAAUCGAGGAACUCCCUGGUUUUAAAUUUCAGAAGGACUUUUUGAAACCCUUUGAGCAUGUCAUGGCAAACAGCACCGCAGUAAAUGUCAAGGAUAUGGUGCUGCGAUGUCUGAUUCAGAUGAUUCAAGCUCGUGGAGAUAACAUCCGCUCCGGGUGGAAGACGAUGUUCAGAGUGUUCUCUGUUGCAGCUUCAGAACCAUACGAGGGUAUUGUAAACAUGGCAUUUGAGCAUGUUACUCAAAUAUACAAAACUCGCUUUGGCGUUGUCGUUUCGCAGGGAGCUUUUGCCGAUUUGGUUGUUUGCCUUACCGAGUUCUCUAAGAAUCUCAAAUUCCAAAAGAAAUCUCUUCAGGCAAUCGAGACGCUCAAGUCUACAAUCCUGAAGAUGCUGAAAACGCCGGAAUGCCCUCUUUCCCACCGCCGUACAAACUCUGGCUCGUCACAGGGUGAAGUUGUUGCUCUGGCCGCGGGCCAGUCUCCUGAGGAGCAAUUCUGGUAUCCGCUAUUAAUCGCUUUCCAAGACGUCCUUAUGACUGGAGAUGACUUGGAAGUUCGAUCGAGGGCUCUCACAUAUCUCUUCGAAACGCUUAUUAGAUAUGGCGGCGACUUCCCACCUGCUUUCUGGGAUGUUCUCUGGCGUCAACUUCUCUACCCCAUCUUCGUCGUACUGCAGUCCAAGUCCGAGAUGUCCAAGGUUCCUAAUCAUGAGGAACUCUCGGUCUGGCUUUCGACCACCAUGAUCCAAGCCUUGCGAAACAUGAUUACCCUCUUCACGCAUUAUUUUGACUCCUUGGAAUACAUGUUGGAUAGGUUCUUGGGCCUUCUGACCUUGUGUAUAUGCCAAGAGAACGAUACCAUCGCCAGGAUCGGAAGCAACUGUCUCCAGCAGCUAAUAUUGCAAAAUGUCAAUAAGUUCACCCCAGAGCACUGGGAGAAAAUUGUCGGGGCGUUCGUGGAACUCUUUGAAAGGACCACUGCAUAUGAGCUUUUCACUGCGGCGACCACCGCACCAGGUAUGGCUCCUGAGCGAAGAAAUAUAGAAGAAGCCACGUCUCAGGCCGACCCCGGUUCUCCUUCGGCUAAGCCUGACCGAGGCCAAGAGUCAACACGACCCAGUGAAGACGGGGAUGAGACACAUCAAGCGCAACUUCCAGCUGCCUCAUCCGAGCUCGAGGACUACCGCCCUCAGCCUGACUUGCAACAACCUCCAACUGUCGUUACUGCCGCGCGACGACGAUUCUUCAACCGCAUCAUCAUUAACUGCGUCCUUCAGAUCUUAAUGAUUGAGACUGUAAAUGAACUCUUUUCAAACGAUGCUGUUUAUUCGCAGAUUCCUAGUAAGGAAUUGUUGCGGCUGAUGGCGUUGCUGAAGAAGAGCUACCAAUUUGCCAAGAAAUUCAACGGGGCAAAGGACUUGAGGCUCAAGCUGUGGAAGCAAGGUUUCAUGAAGCAGCCGCCAAACCUUCUUAACCAAGAAAGUGGUAGUGCCGCUACCUACAUUAAUAUUCUCUUCCGUAUGUACCAUGAUGAGCGCGAAGAGAGGAAGAACAGCCGUUUGGAGACAGAAGACGCUCUAAUACCACGAUAUGUUCAGCUGGAUGAGGAGUCCCAACAGCGAAAUAUCACCGCGUGGCGCCCAGUUGUAGUUGAUGUCGUUGAAGGAUAUACGGGUUUCCCUCUCGAAACCUUCGAAAAGUACAUUGAAACCUUCUACCCUAUUACAGUUGACCUCCUUUCCCGCGACCUUAACGUUGAGAUCCGGCUCGCGAUCCAAGCCCUGCUCCGCAGAGUCGGAGAAUGCCGGCUUGGUAUCACUCCACAAACACCCAUCACCUCACCUACCAGUCCUCGAAGCUCCACUUCACACAGCCAUUUCAACGGCCGAAGACAGAGCGUGGGACGAUAG